CACUGGAUACUAUGGUGUGUACUGGGUGUUGUUCCAGUCUGGACCAUAUCGCCACCUACCUGUUCAAACAGCUGUCUCGCUCCACUAAGAAACGGCCUGUUGCUAUGGCAACAGACGAACGCUUCCUACACAUCAUGCAGCAACACCCAGAGAUGAUCCAACAGAUGCUGUCCACAGUGUUGAACAUCAUCAUCUUUGAGGACUGCAGGAACCAGUGGUCCAUGUCCAGACCUCUACUGGGCCUCAUCCUGCUCAAUGAGAAGGUACAGUAUUUUGCAGACCUGAGGAACAGCAUUGUGAACAGCCAGCCUCCAGAAAAGCAGCAGGCCAUGCAUCUGUGCUUUGAGAACCUGAUGGAGGGGAUAGAACGCAAUCUGCUAACCAAGAACAGAGACAGGUUCACCCAGAACCUCUCGGUGUUCCGGAGGGAGGUGAAUGACAGCAUGAAAAACUCUUCAUACGGAGUCAACACCAAUGACAUGAUGAGCUGACAUUCCACACACGCACACCUGCUCCACACAGAGCAGCUUCCCAAAACUCAACUCCCUCCACGCCUCCUCUCGCCCCCUCUUCCUCUCCACUCCUCUUCUCACCCCCCUUCCUCUCAUCUCUCCCCCCUCUUCCUCUCCCUUGUGGUUCCAUCCUCCUUUUUAUAGAAGCCUAUAUAAAUAUACAGAUCUAUUUUAAAGCCAGUCUGUAGAGGUCACCCUGCUACUCGCUGGGAGGAGAGGGGAAGUGGAGGAUGAGGAUGGAGGGAGGGAGGGAGGAUAUCUCUACACACUUUGGAGGGAGUGAAUCUGAGGGGGAGGAUGAGUGGGGGGGAUGAAGGUGAAAAGGGAGAAGCCGGUAAAUGUAGUUCUCUGCUUCUGCCUGCCUUGUAUAGAAACACAACAAAUCAAGUGUACAUUUUUUUUCAUAACAUUUUGAACAAUGUUUAUAUUGAUUGAAUUUAAAACACAAAAUGAGAAACGUGUGAUUGAACUUUUUACAGUGUAGUGAGUCAGUGCACCUGUCUGUGUGUGGGGGAAAAAAACUUUCUACAGGGGAUGAGAGGAGCAAGAAAGUAGAGCGCACUAGAGCUGUGAUGGGGUAGAGACAAAGAGAGUGAGAAACUGUCCAUUUUGCACAUUUUCCUCUGGCCCUCUGAUUUGAGUGAUGUAAAUACCCACCACUGUUACUCCCUAGGCACUGCCCCUAGACACCACCUUUAGCCCCUAGACACCACCUUUACUCUCUAUGCACUGUCCAAAGCUCCUAGACACCACCUUUACCUCCUAGACACUACCUUUAUCCCCUAGACACCACCUUUAGCCCUUAGACAUUUUGCCUAGAAAAUAAUUGCUUGUUCAAAUAGAAUUGGUUAGGUGUGGGGCAGGGUUAUGGGAGUAGAUUUGGGUUAAGGUCAUGCUCCACUUUACCCUCUGGUAGGCUGGUUGGAGCUGACACUAACCUCAGGGGAGUCUGUUGGGUUAGGGGAGAGUGAAGUGUCUCAGCAUGCUAGCUAGUGUGUAGGGGUCACAGAUCUGAUAACAGAAAGGAGCGUGGCUGCAGUCUAUCUCUGGAGUAUGUGUGACUCAGAGAGAGAGAGAGUGUGUGUGUGUGUGUGUGUGUGUGUGUGCGUGCGCGUGUGUGGCCUCGUGGUGCUGUAAAGGAGCGGUGCGCUCCAGACAGAACCUUCCAGGACAUUCUAGAACGUUCAGCUCUCGUUUUCGAGCUCCCUGAAGGAUAGUUUAUUUCUAAUUGAGAAACUAAAGAAGAAUGCAACCUUUGGUAGAACAUAGAGCUGUGUAUUACAGGGAAAUGGGUGGUAAGAAAAAGACAAAACUGUGUAUUAAAGAGGAGAUGUGGGUUCAGAGUUCAUUAGCAACUUGUGCUACUCUACAGGUGUUGCUGCUAACUGUUUGUGACAACUAGCUCAUCUCUAACAAUGUUGAUUUGACUUCCUGGUUUAUUGUUUUGGUUCCCUAAAGUGAGUGUGUGUGUUGGAUCGGUACCUUGGUUCUCUGAUGUGAGUGUGUGUUGGAUCGGUAGUUUGGUUGAGUUGUGUGGAUGUCUGCUACAUAUUAUAGUGUCAGCAUUGUGACUGCAAAUAAACGUUAUUUGGUUUGUA